AUGGGCCCUCCAACGGGCCGUCCCAGGCCUGGACCAAACAAGAAGACCUGGAGCGGAUCCCUCCAGAAACAUACCGCUCCAGGAGCCCCUAAAACACGAGACUGCUCCAGGCCCCUUGAAGACCGCUUGUCACAGACAGUUUAUUUUUUAUUAAAAAGACAAAGCUCACGACUGGUGUGGUUUCUGUGGGAGCUGAAGGCUGCAGCCGAGGACCGCGGGGCGGAGGGCCUCAGCGGGGAGGAGCGCCAGGUUCGUCCCGCAGCUUCUUCACCUGUUCACACGCUGGUGGACGCUCGAGUUGUCGCACUUCUUGGCUACGGUGAACGCUGCUGGAAUGAACACGGGUGCGCAAGCCUCUCCACAUCCCGUCUGCUGUGUCUUCUUUACUGGAGUGCUGUUACCCCAAGCCUGGCUUUCGCUGUUCAAGCACCUGCGAGACUCGUCUUGCGGCUCCCCUGCGGACCUCUAGACCAAGAGCAGUGGGGCCCCCCGAGGGCGCUGAGCCAGGACGCGGCUGCUGCCAGCAACUCGGCGCACCUUUCCUGUCUGUGCUGCCACCCCUCACCUCUCGAAAAGGAAGGCACAGGAAGCUCCUUCUGCUUUAAGCGUUACGGAUCCCUCACUGCCAAACGGGCAGCUCCAGAGCGAGCUUUCUCCUGCGCUCCAGCCAGCACGAGGACAAGCCCGCCGGACGUCUUCAUCCAGGGGACCCAGAGGCUUCUGGAAGCACAUCCUUUCUCUCCUCUUCUCUGCCUCCCCUCACCAUCACUCUGGAAAUUUCUCUUUCCUCAUCUCCUUCUGAGGAGGUACCUGAGCCAACUAGAAGAAUGCGGACAGGGAGUGGGCUGUCCACACCCCGGCGGACAGGAGGCACCUCAAGCCACCUCCACAGCCGGCAGCGUGAGGCACUACGCGCCUAGCGACAGGACGCUUACCAUCUGUGACAGCACAACCUCCCUCCCACUCGCCCUACGUGACCUCUCAGCAGCCUUUGACCUUGGUGGCAAUUUCUUCCUGCAACACCUGUCCUUUGGUCUCUGGCUGUGUGCUCUCUCACUUACCUGCCUACCUGCCUGCCACUGCACCUGUUUCCUGCGAGCAUCCUUCUCUUCUCUCCCGCUAAAAGCUCCCUUGGACAGUGUCACCAUGCCUACUACUUCUUCUCCCACCGCUGCACGUGUUGGUACCGGGAUCCCGGUCGAGAUGGAGGAAGAUGCGGGCGGGGGCCGGCGGUCGCCGGGCAUGGAGGCUAGAGUGGGAGCUGUGGCCUAG